AUGGCUCCUCCUACCAUUCGCGGCACUUCUGAUGUCGACCGUAUCGAAGCCCCCGUCACCGUCAAGGCUUACUUGAUGUGUGCUUUUGCCUCUUUCGGUGGUAUCUACUUCGGUUACGAUGUAGGAUGGAUCAGUGGUGUCAUGGGCAUGAAGUAUGCCAUUCACACCUUUACUGGUCUUCCCUACGACACUCCUGCCGAGGACUUUGUCGUCGGUGCCAGUGACAAGGCUCUUGUUACUUCUAUUCUUUCUGCUGGAACUUUCUUUGGUGCUCUCAUCGCUGGUGAUCUUGCCGACUUCUUCGGUCGUCGCACUACUAUCAUGAUCGGAUGCUUGAUCUUCAUGGUUGGUGUCAUUAUGGAAAUCAUCUCUACUGGUAUCUCUCUCAUGGCCGCCGGUCGUUUCGUCGCUGGUCUCGGUGUCGGUUUCGAAUCUGCCGUCGUCAUCUUGUACAUGUCCGAGAUCUGCCCCAGAAAGGUUCGUGGUGCACUCAUCGCCUGCUACCAGUUCUGUAUCACCAUCGGUAUUCUUCUCGCCUCGGUUGUCGUUUACGCUACUCAAGACCGCAUGGACAGUGGUUCCUACCGUAUCCCAGUAGCUAUCCAGCUCGCCUGGGCUUUGAUCCUCGGUGGUGGUAUCGCUUUUUUGCCCGAAUCGCCUCGUUACUUUGUCAAGAAGGGUCAGCACGAGAAGGCUGCCAAGGCUCUUGCUUCCGUCCGUGGUCAGCCCCAAGACUCUCAAUACGUCGUUGAGGAGUUGGCUGAGAUCAUUGCCAACCACGAGUACGAACUUUCUGUAAUCCCUCAGGGUAGCUACUUCUCAUCUUGGGCCAACUGCUUCAAGGGUUCGCUCUGGAAGGCCAACAGCAACCUUCGCCGUACCAUUCUUGGAACUUCUCUCCAGAUGAUGCAACAGUGGACUGGUGUCAACUUCAUCUUCUUCUUCGGUACCACUUUCUUCCAGCAGCUCGGCACGAUUUCCAACCCCUUCCUCAUCGGUCUGAUCACUACCCUCGUCAAUGUCCUGUCUACCCCCAUCUCCUUCUGGACCAUUGAGAGAUUCGGUCGUCGUCCCCUCCUCAUCUGGGGCGCCCUCGGUAUGCUCAUCUGCCAGUUCCUGACCGCCAUCCUCGGCACCGCCAUCUCCACCGAGAACCAAGCUGCCACUCAAGCUCAAAUCGCCUUCAUCUGUCUCGCCAUUGCCUUCUUCGCCUCCACCUGGGGUCCCGGCGCUUGGGUCCUCAUCGGCGAGAUCUUCCCUCUCCCCAUCCGCUCCCGCGGUGUCGGUCUCUCCACCGCCUCCAACUGGCUCUGGAACACCAUUAUUGCUGUGAUUACACCCUACAUGGUAGGAAAAGACAAGGGCAACCUCGGUCCCAAAGUCUUCUUCGUCUGGGGCACCCUCUGCACCUGCGCCUGCAUCUACGCAUACUUCCUCGUCCCCGAGACCAAGGGACUUUCCCUCGAGCAGGUUGACAAGAUGUUGGAGGAGGUCAACCCUCGUAACUCUGCUGGAUGGAAGCCUACUUCUACUUUUGCAAAUGAAAUGGGAAUGACAAAGGGUGAUAUCACAGAGACUGAGAUUCAUGUUGAUGUUGAGAAGAGAGGUUGA